CCCCACCCUGAACAUGCGCCUUCCUCAGUUCUUUCUUUCCUGGUUCCUUACUGCCACAAGCCUAUUCCCCGAGAGGGACGAGUCGGUCGAGACGAGCCUCACACUGCGCGCCGAGCGGAUUCGCGACCGCCAUGCCGACAGACCGUCAGGAGCCGCAGCGAGGGCUGGAGCUGCAUCUGCUGCUGCUGGCGUGCCUUGUGGCCCCCUGGAGUGCAGCAGCUGUGCGACUGCACCCGAGAGAUGCCACGAGUCUCGCCUUGCUGGCCAGCGAGUGGAACGGCUUCAACGGCAGCGAAUCUUGGGGGGGGUUGCGCCAUGCGGACUGCACGGCCAUGGAGGGCGUCUUUUGUGACAGGGAUGGAUUCGUCCUUGCCUUAAUGCUUACCAUGAAGAACUUUGGAGUGCCACUUCCCACCAUGAUCACCCGCUUCCAUCGCCUUGAAACCCUAUUGCUUAUUUUCUGCGAGGUCACAGGCACCAUACCAGAUGCCCUUUCUAGAAUGACACAACUGAAUACGCUUGUGUUAUCAGGCAAUUCCAUCACAGGCACUCUCCCUGGUGGCUUCAGCCGCCUCACCAACUUGGAAUACCUAUACCUUGCUAACAACCUCCUAUCCGGGCCAAUCACCCCUCUGUCCAACUUGCCGCAACUCAAAGAUCUGAAUCUCGCCCAAAAUUCCUUCAAUGGUUCUCUUCCAAGUGAACUCGGCAAUUUCACUUCCCUCACAAGUUUGUUCCUAACUUACAACCACUUCUCUGGAAGCAUCCCUUCGUCAAUGGGCAACAUGGCCUCACUAAAGACCCUUGCCUUGCACUACAACCUGCUCACUGGCACCAUACCUGGCACUCUCAGUCACCUGCACAGCCUCACACGACUCCAUUUGACAAGCAAUCAGCUGACAGGGUCCAUUCCUGAGUCACUUGGGCUCCUCUCUGCUCUCAAGCUGCUCAUGCUGGAGCGCAACCUUCUGCACGGUUCGAUUCCCGCAUCCCUCGCAUCACUGCAGCAGCUGGAGCGCCUUGCACUCACGGGCAACCAGCUGUCGGGAAGCAUCCCUGCUGUGUUGGGCGAUAUGCCUCUUUUGCAAUACCUGUUCCUGUCAUCCAAUUCACUGUCCGGAUCGAUCCCCACAGCCCUUGGGAAACUUACCAACCUGAUUGGCUUGUUUCUCUCAGAGAACCAGCUGUGUGGAACCAUCCCCAGCACCCUCAGCAAUCUCUCCAAGCUUCGAGAGUUACUUGUGGGCUACAAUAUGUUGUGCGGCCCCGUCGAGCCCAUCGUACGAGCCAUGAGGAACCUCUCUGUGCUGUACUUAUCAGGCAACCAGUUUUCCGGCCGCCUGCCCAGUGCUUCCAGUCCACGCUUAACGCAGUUCCGAGUGGAUGGCAACUUCUUCUCGCACGGCGAGGUCAAGUUCAGAAACUGCUCAGCGGUCGUGUGGGACACGUCUGGAAACUGCCUGGCGGGUUCUUUGAGAGUUUGCGACCGUGCUUCCAUCCAGAGGCCCGCUGCUGGAUGUGCUUCAUUCUGUGGGGUGGAGGUCGGUGCUGCUGGCCCUGAGUGUGGGGGGCAUGGCUACUGCUCUGUGAACGCAUUCACCGCAGCUGGAGAGUGUGUAUGCGACCCCAACUACAUGCUCAACAGCAGCAACAGCAACUCCUGUGUGGCUGGAGCCGUCGGGGCAUCUCUGGCGUCGGGCUCUGCCUCUGUGUCUCUCCAGGGCUCUGCCUAUGUGUCUCUCCAGGGCUCUGCCUCUGUGCUUUCCAACGGCUCCAUUCUGCUCACAGGAGGGGCGCCCAACCAGCAUGGAGCAGCCUUUGCAUCUCCCGCCCUGCGCCUCUUCUACUUCCCGCGGAAAAGCUCUCUUUGCGGGAUUGAGCUUGCAUUCACUGCUGCCUUCAGCUUUGUCAUGAGUCCCGGGGGACAGGGGGCGGUUGGAGAGGGGCUGGCGUUUGUGGUGGCAGCAGUUGCUUCUGACAAGGGGGCGAUUGUGGGGCUGGGAGGGGUGGGGCGUCGGAGUAUGGGAGUGGAGUUUGACUCGGUGCUGAGUGUGAAGCACAGGGAUCCCAACGACAACCACGUGGGCGUCAAUGUGGGCGGCUCACCUGUGUCCCUCGCCUCUGCCACGGCCCCUCUCAUCCUCAACGACGCCCAAACCAAGCACGCCUGGAUCCACUACGACCCCACCAGCGGCGGCACUCUCCGAAUCUUCCUCUCCUCCGACCCCGUGCAGCCCCUCACCCCCGCCCUCACAGUGAACGUGUCUCUCUGCUCCGCUCUCAAGCCCACUGCAUCCGACUCUCUCUUCCUCUUCGGCUUCGUCGCCAUCUCCAGCAGCCAGGCACAAAGACAUGACAUCCUGUCGUGGAAUUUCACAACAUGUGUGUGAGCUGAGGCCCGCACAUCACGCCCGGUCUCUAUGCCUCCCUGCUGAUAACACCUUGCGCCACAUUCUGCAGGAAAGCCAUAGGUUGUGUCCCCUUCCCUAUUGCACAGCAUGCUGUACUUGGUUGUUAACGGUGCACAUUCCGUAUCCCCUUAAGGUUAUCCUCAAAUGUCUUGUCCAGUCAUACCUUCUCCUACCAUAACCCUCAUCUGGGUCCAUGUUCUCACACAUACGAUGAGGCUUACUAGUGGUCGUGUCUUUCCAUGUUGAGAUUUCCAACAGGUGUCAUGCGUGUCUCUUAACUCUGACGGUUCUUAUGGAUACUGGAAGCUCCCUCAUAGAAAGCCUGCCAAGACGAAGGUCCUGCUGGUACAUUCUUUGGACGUGGUCACUCUUAUUGUAGCCUACCCCAUGAGGACCCACCAUUUGUCAUUUUACAAAUUAUGUGCUCAGGUUAUUCAACCUUCGACUACCCACAAGUUCAUGUGCUCAGGUUCACUCCUAUAAGACUUCCGCUGUCUUACUAGUCUACCAUUCCAGCAAAGAU